AUGUACAGAGUAAACAAAGCCUCUGCAGCCAAGCACUUCACCGCCGUCAACCUGUUCUACCCGGACCUUGAGCCUUACCCCGCUAGUCUGCGCCGCCGCUUCACUCUUCAUUCCUUACUGGCGGUAGCCUCAACGAAGCAGACCAGGGUCUGCCGCUCCUUCCCCACCACCUCGACAUGGAUCACCUUGCAUACGCGGGACAAAGCAGCCUGGACAUGA